AUGUCAGUUGUCAGUUGGUUGGUUGUGUGAUGUAGGGGAAGGUUGUGUGUUUUAAAAUUUUUGUUCAUUUCGAUUUAUUUCCAUAUUCCUGCAUUUUCAUCAAUUACUUAUAAAAUAGUAUCGCUGGUUCAGGGUUUUGUUAAUAUUUGCAAAUUAUUGUUAUCUAGUUAGGCAGUUUUAGCUCAAUUUAUGACAACAAUGACAGAGACCGUUACAAAUACAAACGAGAGGAAGUCUCUUUUUUCUUCUUUCCUAGAAGUUUUGGAGGCAAGAGAUAAUCAAAUACAGUUAGAAAGACAGCUACAGGAGGAAAAAUAUCAGAGACGAACUCAGAGAAUAUACGAUUUUCAUGAGCGGCAGCGGCGCGAGGCGGUGGAGCUGCAGCGCUGCCUGCAGUACGUGUCGCAGCACGCGCACGUGCUGGAGUCGGUGCUGCGCGGCGCGGGCGCGGGCGCGGGCGAGGGCGUGCCGCUGGCCGCCGCGCUGCUCCGCCAGGCCGCCGCGCUGCAGCGCAGCAUGGCGCAGUGCGUGGCCAACGCGGCGCGCAUCCGCCAGCUCCUCACCGCCGCACACCGACCACAGAUGGACACCAUGCUCGCCAAAAUGGAGGGGGAGCUGAGCGCGUGGACGGCGUUCCUGCAGCGCGCCGUCGACGCCGCCUACAACUCCGAGGUGGUCGUCGACAACUUGCACAAUCUGAUCGCGGAGCAGCGGCGCUUGAAAACCAGCCUCCGCGACGUCGAAGAGUCUGACGGCAUUCGGAGGGCAUAG